UUUUUUUCAAUUCUAUCGAUGUCACGCUUAUGACUUUAUCUCUGUAAAGAAGGGGACGUGCAUCGAUGCUCGUAAUCAAGGAAUAGAAAGAAAAAAGAAGACAGAUGAACACUAUUGCGCAUGCGCAAAGAACAAAGAGGAGAAUUUGAGACCUACCGACCCAUCAAAAAGGGCCCACUAUUCUUUUUCACUUUCUUCACUGAUUCUCAAACGGCUUUAAGUUGAUAUUGUUAUUUUUGUCGCACGAAGAUAAUUUAUAAUUUAAGUUAAAAUGACAACAAUAUUAUUACAAACUGGUUUAAGAUUUAUAAUUUCUAAUAAGUGUUUUGAAAAAAUAGCAUUUUUAUAUUGUAAAAUACCACAAAAACAAAAUACCAUUCAAUCAUAUUGUAAACAGUAUUAUAAAUAUGUUCCGGAAAUGAAUAAUACAAAAAAUGUACAUCAAAUAAGUAGUUCAAUCUCUUUAAAUGAACAAGUAAUUGAUAACGAUUCAGACAAUGAACAAGAAAGGGGACAAUCAAUUUUUUGGAGAAGAAAAAUGCGAACAUUACAUAGUCAUUUGGAUGUUAAUAAAGAUGGUAUUAUUAGUUAUGAUGAUUUUAUGUUGUUUAAAAAAAGAUUUUGUGAUUUAGGACAUUUGACUUUAGAAGCUAAAGUUGAAUUCAAAAAAGUGUUAAAUGAAAUGUGGGAAGAACAAUGGGGAGAAAUUAGUCCAUAUAAUCUUAUUUGUGUUGAAAAAUAUCUAGAAAAAAUGCAACAUGUUCUUAAUGAUGCAUCAUUGAAAAAAAAAUGUCAUCAUUUUUUGCCAUUUUUAUUCAAGGCAGUAGAUAAAGACCAUAAUGGUGAAAUUUCUAUACAAGAAUAUGAGUUAUUUUUCCAAUGUUUAGGACUUACGCAUGAUGAUGCAGUUAUUUCCUUUAGUCAUAUUGAUAUUAAUGAUGAUGGUAAAAUCAGCUCCAAAGAAUUUAUAAUAUUGGGUCGUGAAUUUUUCUUAACGGAAGAUCCUACAAAACCCAGUAAAUAUUUCUGGGGUCCAUUGAUAGAUUAAAUUUCUUAUUUCAAGCCUAUAAUUUGUGAUAAAUAUUAUAUAUUAAUUAUUUUUAUAAUAUAAAUGAAAACUUCUUAAUCUCAUAUCUAAAAUUGUUAAGUUAAAUAUAGAUUUAUAUAAAAUAGAUUAAAAUAUAAAUUAUCCCAUGAUAUAAAUUAAAAGUAUGAAUUUAAAUAAAAAAUUUAUAUACAGAUUAAAUAUAUAUUAAAUAAGAAAAUAAUAUAUAUUAAAUCGAAAUUCUUAUAAUAUAAUGAUUGAAGAACUUAUAUAAAAUUGUUUGUUAAAAAGUACAACAGUUUAAUUACAAAUAUAAAUACUCACUUUUACAAAUACAUGUAAUUGUAUGAAAAUAAAUAAAUCACUAAUUAUUUAA